AUGGAUAAAGGAAAGCGGAAGGCCGAAGACAAUCUGGACGACGAGCCGAGGAGGCAGCGUUUCUUCACUGCCGGCGAAACACGUGCGGAGUCAUCUACAAACGUCGUCCGCUCGACUUCAUCCACGAUCGCUGAGACUCUAGAAGCCGAGUUGACUACGAUCGGCCCGCCGUCGUCGUUACCUGCGCAAGCAUCACAGGCCCCGGCGCUAGAAUCCUUGGUCAACGAGGCCACACAGCUAGCCCGCGAUGCGCGCGUUCAAGUCAACGAGUUGAAGUAUACAGUGCGAGACUGUCAGAAAGAGUUGCUCGGCCAUAUACAGGGACCUGUGAGGCAAGUCAAAGAUUGUUAUUCAUCAGCCGCGUUCUACUCAGUCACCAGUUCUUCGAAUAGGGAAACAAGGCACAGUAAUAGACACCCUGCAAUGGAUAAGGUAGACAAGAUGAAGGAGCGCAUUGUUGAGUUGGAGAAGUUUACGGAUAGGAUGGAAUCGUUCGCGCGCGUAUACAAGGAUAUGAUGUCUAUCCAGCAACGUAAACCGACGAAGAGGGAGAAGCUAAUGGCGCUUAUCGACGAGCCGUACGAAACGUUCAAGUCGUCGCAUCCCGAUUGGGCUGUCAAUAACGCGAACGAGAUCACCGAGAAGGCCGACAUCACUGAGGCCGAGGUGGAUGCGCUCGUGAACCCGCUCCUUCAAGCAAGAAUAUAUCUUAUGGAUUGGUUCGGCGUAUCUCCACAGGCCCGUAUUAUAGAAGAGCUGGAUCUCGUACCGGAAAGAUUCAAGACAGAUGUGAUUUUGAAGAAAUUCGGGGAUUGGACCGCGGCGGUUAAUCACAAGACAGCUGAAAAAACGAAUGUCGCCCCUGUCCAACACGAGACUCCCACCCGAACCAACAGGCCAUCUCCCCCGCAGACAUACUUCACCGCCCUUCAGAUUGACAACGGCACCCGGAUUGAAGACGCUAACCCGGCUAUCUUCGGACAACAUCGGGGUACUGCCGAAGAUGAGUCGAAGCGAGGUCAAGAAAUGAACGCUGAACGUCCCACAGACUGCGGCGCUGAUGGCCUCUUUCUUACUGAUGAACUCUUUACCCCGGAACGUGCUUCUAGAUCUACUCACGCGCCUGCGGCGACUCCUCACGUCAACGCUCCCUCGUUGUCGUCUAGUGUCGGUGUGCCCACUCCGUCCGAUCGAAGCGGAGAUGUGUCGUUCGCCGGUGCCAACCACCCCGGAUAUAACGAAGACAAGUUCGCCCGCCUUGUUACUAGCAAGAAGUCCCGCCGUCAUGUCGGUAUCCCCGAUUUUGCCGUCACGCUUCAACACGAGGACGGAGGCAUACUCGACGUCGCUCUGAUCGUCGAAGACAAGGUCAAGCGUAACCCGUACAACCAGAUGAAGCGGUACGGGAAGAUUCUCGGACGCAAGUUUGGCUCAGUGGACGUCAUCGGCAUCCGAGUAACACCUGGGGGUAAAGGGCUCCAGGUGAAGUGGGCGCGACAGCAUUGGGGACGCACCCUACUCGACGAUGACCCCGAGGAGCUCGAGGUGCUGUACGAUGAGGGCGACUCGGAGUCUGGUCCCCACCAGGGGUGGUACCCGUUCAUGAGCGACUUCUGCCAAAGGAGAUUCUUCGAGUCCCGUAACAAGUUUCUCAGGAAGGUCUUGAAGCUGAUCGAGGACAAGGAGCGAAUGCCCUUGUAG